UCCUAAAACCCAUUUCGGGGCUUUCACAACGAUUGAAUUGGCUCCAGCCCCAUGGGAACAGGGCGGUGGGAAGCAGUCCCGGGUGAGCAGUUGCUGCUGCUCUUCAGGCAGCCCCGGCAGGAUGCCUUUCCAGCAGGGUUCUGCUCGCAGCCGGCAGAGAACCGUCCUGCUGCUGGGGAUGGUGGUCCUGCUGGUCGCCCUGGUUGUCGCCGUCGUGCUGGCCUCCCUCCUGACUCACAGGAAGCAAGGGGACGGUCCCCAAAUGCUGAAGUGGAAGGACAGAGGGACCACUAAGAACCUGCAAGAGGUCAUCUUGGGAAGAUGCUACAACUACGUCCUGGCGCGGCACCCGGAGCUGGGAGAUAAGGAUUGCCUAAAAAUAUGGGAAACAUUGAAGCAUGCCUUCAUGUACAAGAAUCCCUGUAAUAUCACAACAGAAGAUUAUCAGCCUUUAAUGGAGCUAGGAAGUCAUCCCAUCCCCUGUAACAAGUCCCUGUUUUGGAGCAAGACAAAUGACCUCGUCCAUCGUUACACAAAAUCCAACCAGAAUUUCCUCACCUUGGAGGACACUUUGUUGGGUUACAUGGCUGAUAGGGUUUCAUGGUGUGGAGACCCCUCUGACCCAGGGAUCAACUAUGAGUCUUGUCCAAAACGAAGUGAAUGUGAGAGCAACCCUAGCUCUGUCUUCUGGAAAAUGGCAUCCAAGAUGUUUGCAGAAGCAGCUUGUGGUGUGGUCCAGGUGAUGCUCAAUGGAUCAAUAGAAGCUGGAGCUUUCAGAAACAGCAGCAUCUUUGGCAGCAUUGAGAUCUUUAACCUAAAUCCAGAUAAAGUCUCUGCAGUACACAUUUGGGUCAUGCAUGACAUUGGUGGACCUCAAAGUGAAUCCUGCUCAGGUCAUUCCAUUAAGAGGUUAAAAAGCAUCUUAGAAGAGCGAAACUUUAAGAUCACCUGUGAAGACAACUACAGGCCAGUCCAGCUCCUCCAGUGUGUGCACAGCCCUGAGCACAUGGACUGCAGGCUCUGCACCAACCCCACCCCAGCCCCCUGACACCGAGGGCUCCGUGCUCUGGAGAUGCUGAUUAUUUGUAUAUAGAGCUGGAAAAGAUGUGGCUGCAUAGCUUAGAGUGAUAAAUAGCAGUGUGGUGGGGACAGAGCCCAGAACCAGAAAUCCUUGCUGUGCUACUAACAGCUGAGCAGCAGGAGAUGGGGUUUUAGAUAUGAUUUCUGUACACACAGGCACACAGAGAUUGUUUCAGAGGGACCAGGGCCAUGUUCAGUGGUUGAGGAAGAUGCUUUGCACUGGUGUGCUCCCUCCUGCACAGCUCCUCUUGUGCCCAGAGGCUCAGAGCAGGGAUUCCCCCUGGGAGAGCACAAAAAAGAAAGAGACUUUCCAGUGGAGGCAGAACUUGCCUGGAUUUGUGCUCAGCUUCUUCCCUGCUGGGAGGCUGGAUGGGUUGGACUCAGUGAUCUUAAAGGUCUUUUCCAACCUCAAUAAUUCUGUGGGAUGGAUGGAGCAUGCUGACCCCUCUCUGCUUCCCAGUGUAACAGCCCUGAGAGGGCUGUUUCUCCCAUGUAAGACUGUGGCACCUCUAAACAGAUAAAGCAAGUGAUGGAAGAGACAGAGCAUUUUCUCAACUUUUAAUGGGUAGCACAGGAAGGGGCUGGUAGGGAAAUGGCUGGGCUGAGCCAAGAAAAGACCAGAAACCACCCAGAGGGUUGCCAGCAUCUGUAAGAUCAUGUCAAGCGUGCAGCUGGGGAGAGAAAAUAGGAAGACUGACUCAGGCAGCCCCAUUAAAACUCUACUGCAGGUCAGAUUACAUUUUCUCCUUAAUAUAGCAGCAAGUGUAAGCCAUCCAGUUUUCAUAAAAGAUCCCUGAGGCCACAGCUUGGCCACCCACUGGAAGACAAACAUCAGAAGGUUGCCACAAUAAGGAGUCUCUCUUGACUUCAGCUCCUGAGAUGAAAGGUGAUGCCUUGCAGAGCAUGAAUUCAUGAGCAGGAACAUGCUGUAGUGCACCAAAAGAGCAGGUUUCACUGAUUUCCUUUGAUUUCUAUUUUGCUGGCCUCAAGCCUGGUUAAGUGAAGUGUUCAGAACAAAACAAAGAUCAGCUUGUGGCCAUGGCUGCAGUGACUUUGACACUAGGAGACCAGAGCAGGCUCUGGUGCAGAUAUGGCCUUAGGUGAUGUAGUGCCAGCACAAUCAGCAAUUGCCAACCCAGGAGGCAGUGGGAGGUUCCCAUGACCCCACAGGGUUAUGAUGCUGGAUGUUUUUGUGGCUAUCCAGAGUGUGAAGCAUCCUGAUGAAGCUACACAAGCUGGUGUAAUUUGGAGCAUCUCGAGAUCAACCUUUUCUCUGUAAUACAUGGGCCUGCACUGAGCACAGCUGGACCACCCCCAAGACCUCACCAGUAAUGUUUACAAUAUGUGAAAUGUAUUUUUUAUUGCACUCUGUUGUGUAAGCACUUACAUGCAUCAAUGCAGACACAUACCAAUACUUUCAAAUAAGUUAUUGCUGACUGAAGGUAAAGAGUUUGUCCUCGUGCUCA